CACCGUUCUCUUUGAUUUCAUUCUGUCUAUCGAUCUCUGAGGAUCUCUGGAAAUCUGAGAUAUAGACUGAGAAGAGACACAGCGGAAAUGGAGAAAACUAGCAUCACCCCUGAUGCCAUUUCUACCAUUCUAGCUAACCCAUCUCCUGGAUCGUCCUCUGAAGUCCCAGAACUCAUUGUUCAGGUUGUCGAUCUCAAGCCUGUCGGCAACAGAUUUACAUUUAUGGCUAGUGAUGGAAAGAUGAAAGUUAAGGCCAUUCUUCCGUCCAAUAUGUCGUCUGAGAUUGAGUCAGGAAACAUUCAGAAUCUAGGGCUCAUCCGUAUUCUUGACUAUACACUCAAUGUUAUUCCAAACAAGUCUGAGAAGUAUCUGAUUGCAACCAAAUGUGAGGUGGUUUCACCUGCACUUAAAAUGGAGGUCAAGAGUGAAGUAAAAAAAGAAGAACCUGGCAUUCUUUUGAAGCCAAAGCAAGAAAUGAUUACUAAAUCUGCUGCUCAGAUUUUGCAUGAACAGCAAGGGAAUAUGGCUCCUGCUGCACGGAUGGCCAUGACCCGAAGGGUUCAUCCUCUUGUUUCAUUGAAUCCUUACCAAGGUAACUGGACCAUAAAGGUUCGAGUCUCAAGUAAAGGCAACAUGCGGUCUUACAAAAAUGCUAGAGGAGAAGGAUUUGUCUUUAAUGUUGAAUUAGCCGAUGAAGAUGGAACACAAAUACAAGCAACAAUGUUUAAUGAUGCUGCAAAGAAGUUCUAUGACAUGUUUGAAUUGGGAAAGGUUUAUUAUAUAUCUAGAGGAACCCUCAAAGUUGCCAACAAGCAGUUUAAAACUGUCCAAAAUGAUUAUGAAAUGACUUUAAAUGAAAACUCUGUGGUGGAAGAGGCAACUGGAGAGGAAACCUUUAUUCCUGAAACAAAAUUCAAAUUUGUCUCAAUUGAUCAGUUGGGACUGUAUGUUAAUGGGAGGGAACUUGUAGAUAUCAUUGGAGUGGUUCAGAACGUCUCUCCUACUAUGAGCAUCCGAAGAAAGAUUAAUAAUGAGACGAUCCCAAAACGAGAUAUUACAAUUGCAGAUGAAUCAAAGAAGACUGUUGUGGUGUCUUUGUGGAAUGAUCUUGCAACCAAUAUAGGGCAGGAAUUGCUAGAUAUGGCAGAAACAGCACCUGUUGUAGCAAUAAAAUCCCUUAAAGUUGGAGAUUUCCAAGGAGUAUCUUUGUCUUCUUUGACCAAAAGCACUGUAUUGCUAAACCCAGACAUCCCUGAAUCAAAGAAACUCAAAUCUUGGUAUGACUCGGAGGGUAAGGGCAGUCCAUUGGCUUCUGUUGGCUCUGGUUUGGUCUCGACUUCAACAAGAACUGGAAGAUCUUUGUACUCUGAUAGGGUGUUUGUUUCUCAUAUUACUGGAAAUCCAUCUCUGGGUGAAGAUAACAAGCCUGAGUUCUUCAACUUAAAAGCAUGUAUUAGUUUCAUAAAGCCUGAUCAGACAAUGUGGUACCGGGCUUGUAAGACAUGCAACAAAAAGGUGACUGAAACAGUUGGAUCUGGAUAUUGGUGUGAAGGAUGCCAGAAGAAUGAUGAAGAAUGCAGUUUGAGGUAUAUAAUGGUAGUCAAGGUUUCUGAUCCAAGUGGUGAAGCUUGGCUUUCCGUUUUCAAUGAACAGGCUGAGAAAAUAAUAGGGUGCACUGCAGAUGAGCUUGAUAGGAUGAAAUCAGAGGACAUGGAUGCAUACAAUUUAAAACUGAAAGAAGCCACUUGGGUCCCUCAUUUGUUCCGGGUUAGCGUUGCACAGAAUGAGUACAUGAAUGAGAAAAGGCAGAGAAUAACAGCCAGAACUCAGGCUUUACUUGAUUUUGCUGCUGAAUCAAGAUACCUGAUCGAAGAGAUAUCCAAGAUGCAAGUCUCUUGAACUCAAUUUGGUCUACUUUUGUUUUCAGUAACCUGUGAUACUCAACCAUGGUUAUACCCAUAUUUGACAAAAUGGAUCUGUUUACACCAUGCAUGUGGUUCAAGUUCAAUUUAGAGUGUAUUUUGGGUUCUUACUGAUCAUGUAUUCUCAGCAACUGAUAUUUGGUGGUUACAAAUUUCCUGGAGAAAAACAAAGCUAUUGUAUAUAGCUCCUUGAUGUGUUAGUUUUUAAGAAGGUAUCUACUGGACAUUUUCCAACAAAGAUUGAUCUGUUUUU